GAUAUGUUCUCUUCUAAUCUUUUUCCGCAAUACAAUGGCCAAACUCCCCAUCACCGUCUUUCUCUUUGUAUUGGCUUUCCCCGUCGCCUUUAGCAGGCCGGAAAAUGAUGUCAUCGUCGCCGACCAAGUCGCUGCGGCGGAACCCGAUCCACCCCGUUCGGACCCCGGAUCCGGUUCGUUGGCCUCCGACGAGACCAACGUGCCGGUGAAUUUCAUCAAUUUCCAUCCGAUCAACCGUCACUUUCCCCGGCGUCCUUUGAUGGCGACCAAACGUUUGAACCGUUGGCGUCACAAGCAGGACCCAGGCUUCGAGAUCCGUUACGGCCGGGACAUGGUCAUGCCCGGCGGCAGAGACGCCGAUCGGUGGCCACUCGGCGUGGUCCGACAGAUUCCGGCGACACACGACAGCUACGACGAAGAUCGAGUCAAAGAUGUCGAAAAGGACCAAAUAGAUAUGCUUUACGGACAAGGCACUGUGACGAGCGUGGAGACUGGAGAUUUUCCCGAGAAAAUUUGGGAGGAGGAGAAGGUGGACGAGAACAACAUGAAAAUGGACGACUGCGGGGAGGUUCUGAUGGCACGGAGCCGAAUCUAUCCGGAGGAGAAGGUCAGGAUAAAGAAGAUCAAGAUGAUGAAGCUUCGUCACAAUGGCAAGAAGUAUGAUGACAAAGAGUACAAGGGUCUGUUCAUGAACAAGGUUCGCAAGUUUCUGACAGAUCUUGUCUGAAUGAAUAUAUAAACUUGAGUUUGUUCUUAGUAUUUAAGAUAGCGUCUCUCUUGUGAGGAUGUAUGUAAAUAAGCUUUGCAUCUAGAAAGCAUUCUUAUGCUACGUGUGUUACGAAUGUAUGCCACCGUGUAAAUAGCAUAAACAAAUUUUAAAUUAUGAUGAUUA